CACCUGGGAGAGGCAGGCCGCCUUUUUUGCCUUUCUCGUAUUAUCUUUCCUAGUGUUUAACGUGUCUGGAUUAGUGUCAAGACAGCCUUCAGCAUGGGCAGCACCGAAGUUCAAGCGCCGACAAGCCCAGCUUGCCCGCAAGUCAAUGUCGUAGGCAGCUAUGCUACUGAAAGAAAUACACCUACCACCAAAAAGGACGGGGUACUCACAGACUUGGAUCCAUUUGAAACCAUGGACAACGAAGUCGACGGACUGUCUCCCUCAUUUUCUCAAGAGAAAUGGAACAGCCCCAAAAUCAACAUAUCUCGUUACUGCGUCUGCAACCUAUCUCUAUUAAUUAUGGGCAUGAAUGAUGCCUGUCUAGGAGCCUUAUUACCAUACAUUGGCACAUAUUAUAACGUCAACUACACCCAAAUUUCCACUGUUUUUGUGGUUCCAUUCAUUGCCUAUAUCAUAGCUGGUCUUGUCAAUAACCUGGUGCACGAGAAAUUUGGCCAGCGUGGCGUGGCAAUCAUCGGACCUGUCUUCCGGCUCAUCGGCUACAUUCCUAUAUGUCUUCACCCGCCGUUUCCAGUCUUGCCAAUAGCACUUUUAUUUGCAGGCUUCGGUAAUGGCAUAGAAGACAGUGGGUACAAUGCCUGGGUUGGGAACAUGCAGAAUGCAAACGAGCUGCUUGGUCUUCUGCACGGAUCGUAUGGCCUAGGAGCUACAAUUAGUCCUUUAGUGGCGUCAGCUAUGGUCACAAAGGCUGGUUAUCCUUGGUAUACCUUCUACUAUGUCUUGAUUGGCGUUGUUAUAGUGGAAUUCACUGCCGGCCUAUCUGCAUUUUGGACGGCUGGGGGCAAAGCGUAUCGCGCAAAGGUACGAUCCCAUGCCGAUGAAAAACGCGUUACAACCCGGAAAGUUCUUCAACAGCCGCUAACAUGGCUCAUAUCCGUCUUCCUACUGGGCUAUGUUGGCGUAGAGGUCACGUUGGGUGGUUGGAUUCCAACUUUUAUGCUUGAGGUACGCCAUGCUGAGCCGUUCUUGUCUGGUCUGGCGGUGACGCUAUUUUGGCUAGGCCUUACCGUCGGUCGCGUCAUAUUGGGAUUUGUGACGGGUAAAAUUGGUGAAAAGCUUGCAAUCUCGGCGUAUCUCUGCUUGUCUAUCGUCUUUCAAGCGUUGUAUUGGGCGAUACCCAACUUUGUCUCAUCUCUGAUAUUCAUUAUCCUUUUGGGCUUCUUCCUGGGCCCUUUAUUCCCAGCUGCCAUUGUUACAGCCACGAAACUAUUCCCACCAUCAUAUCAUGUCAGUGCGAUUGGGUUCGCUGCGGCUUUUGGAGGAGGCGGGGCUGCGUUUAUUCCGUUCAUGGUUGGCGCCAUUGCACAGUCUCGCGGCGUUGCUGUACUUCAACCAUUUGUUUUAGCCCUCCUAGUGUUCAUAUUGGUCUGUUGGUCUCUAAUGCCAGGAGGGUAUUCGAAAUCUGGUUUGGAAAAGGCCCGGGCUGAUAAGCCAAAGAUAGGAGUUGACUUUUUAAACGGAUUGCAUCAUCUGAAGGAGGUCAUGGAUUCUCAUAAGUAAAUGAUUUAUUUCACUCUAUUAUUUAAUGAUUUUAGAAAUAAUAAUUUGAAUUUGAAUU